UUUGGCACUCUUUCGAGCGGACACGGCGCGUCAGCAGCGGCAGCGGCGGUCAGAGCUGAUGUCUUAUGGCUCGCGGUCCGGCCCCCGCACGCUUUUGGGACCUCGGAGGUCCCCGUCCCCCGAAGCAUCCGUCGAGAUGGCCCACGUCUCAAAACUGUGCGGCCACCCCACGCUGCCUUCUGGAUCACCCGACGGUUCGAAGGCACCGUGUCAGGAUUUCCGCCUGGAGGAGGAGGAGGAGGCGGAGGAGGAGGAGGAGGAGGAGGAGGAGGAGGAGGAGGAGGAGGAGGAGCGCGGCGCGGACCAGGAAGACCCUGCUGCUACGACCGCCCCGCGCCUCAUCAGCUCUGGUGGGGCCCACGCUUGAUGACGUGCCCGCUCGAGCUGUUGUCGGACUCGCCAGAGCCGUCGCCUCCCCCCGGGCCUCCGCCGAACAUGGUAGCGAGGGACACGCCGUUGCCGCUGGCCUUGGCCUGCUGGUACUUUUGGAAAAUGAGGUAUAGGAACGCGCCGACGACCAUCAUCCGCACGACGCCCUGCUGGCCCGUGGCCCACAGGGCGGCGAGGAUCCCUCCGACGAGCAGGUAGACGAGGGGCACGUCCGCCUCUCCAAUGCCGAAAACCCGCCUACCUUCUGCGUCCUCCCGUGGAUGCCCAGCGCACGCGCCAGGUCCCCCGUCAAGAGGUCCUCCGAGGGCUGGGCGCCCGCAGGCGGGGCGCCCGCGCCCUGCGCCCGGGCGCCGCCCGGGGCCGCGGCAGCGCCGCCGCCGCCGGAGCCGCCCGGCGAGGAGUGGAUCCCCGCCGGCCUGUUGGCGAAGCCCUGGCCGGAGCCGCGCGGGGCGGCGCCCGGGGCCGCCGCCUGCUUGGCCCUCGGGUCGUUGUCGGGCACGAUCUCGCCGCUGG